AUGUCAAACCUACCAGUCGAAAUCAUGGACGAGAUUAUGACCACAGCAGUAUCGACGUUGCUUCCUCCAUCUCUUUCAUCCAUCGCCCUUGUGGCAGUGAGGUACCGCAUUCUGGUCAACAAAAGCCGUUUCUCAUCGAUAAGUCUUGGCUCUAAGGCACAAGAUGUCGACGAGCAGUACUGCAAACGGUUGAAUAGCCUCGCGGAUCUCAUAAAAGGAGGAUUUUCUGUAAAAAUAAAACCACCCGUGGCCAGCUUUAUUGUCUCGUUCUCACUUUACGUCCGCGGAGACACCAAUAACCUUCGGCCUUUGUUGCACAAUGGAUCCCUUGCAUACAUAUUUGGUGUACUCUUUCGACAAUCUCCUGAUACUCCGUAUUCACCGCGCUCCAAGUUUCGCCGGGUUUCCUUGGACAUUCUCAACUGGGAUUAUAGAAUGCCAAAUUUUGAUUCGGACACAAGUUCUGAAGCGAGUAUCAACGGAGAGGAGCAGGAGGAGCAGGAAGAAACGUUUCUGAACUUUUCUCUGGCUGAUUCCGCUCUAACUGUGUCGUUUGUCGAUUUCUUGCUCAACUCCCAAAUAACCCACCUCCAUAUCUCGCAUAUUCACAAUAUACCGUUAAAUUUUCUUCUCGGCUCGAAGCUUCAUCACCUGAGCCUCGGUGAUGUUUCAUUCUCUGAGCCGGAUGAGUCUGAUAUCAACCGUUCAACGAGAGGGAUUACUCUUCAUUCGGUUGUCAUUGGAGGCAUGGCUUGGGUUUCUUUUGAAAUCUUCGGACGUCUCAUUAGCAACGAACCCUUCCCACCGCCGAGCAGCUUCAACACUAUGACCAAACUCACACUCGGCUUGGGGAGUCCUCGACAAAUGGAAAUUCUGAAGGAAUUGCUGACUGUUACAGUUCACCUUGAAGAUCUUUGUCUGAAUUUUGUUUCUACCUCGUCAAACGGUAAUAAAACAACCUAUAUGCCGCGUUCAAUUAUUGAAGUUGUAUUUUUAGUGCAAAAGGAAUGUAUAGAUUACACCCACCUUUCUCAACUGAGAACCAUAGAGAUACAGACAUUUGACUGUGGAGCGUCAUUCCCCUUCGUCACCAAGUUGCUGGGACGUCGCAUUCCACCAUCCCUCAGUACAAUUAAGAUCUCUAAUAACGAACUACACGAAAGCGAUUCCCUCUCCAUGAUCAGCAGAUCCUUACAGUUAUACCCAUUCGACAUCCUGGAUAACCACUUCGAGCAUUCCGGUUUCAGAAAUAUCACAAUGGUCAUAUUCUUCUCUGUUCGAAUCAAUGACAGAUACAAUCCGAUUACCUUUGACGCCGACGCCUACAGGAAGGAGUACUAUAGCUACGUAGCGAAUAACGAACUUGCUGAAAUUCUGAGAUGA